GGGAGGGGAGCAACCACUACAGAUGAUAAAAGUCAUCUACAAUUGUUUGAACACUUGCUGUGCUCCAGGCACUGCUCUAAGCGGUUUACAGGCAUUAUCUCCUUUUCCUCUUCCUCUUCACAAUAACUCUGUGCUGUAGGUAGGAUUGUACUAUUACCCCCACUUUAUGGAUAAGGAAACAGAGGUUCAGAGGGAUUAAAGAAGUCCAGGGAGGUCUUAUCGGUCAUUGGUUUGCCUAAUGAGACAAACCAAUGGGUUUGAGUCAUGACUCGGGCCCCUUGGUAGCUGUGUGAUCUUGAGCAAGUCAGCCUCUCUGAAACUUGACGGUUUUCUCAUCUCUUGUAAGGGGACAUAGUAUCUCUUGCACCAGGUUCUGAGAGAAUUAGAUGAGAUAAAGGAGGUAAGAGGGGAGCAGAUACAGGUCUUAAAACAGCCACGGGCACCUGGGAAGCUUCAAAAAGUGUUUGCUAUUGUUAUAAUUAUUUUCCUUCAAGGCAUAGCUCAUAUGUCACCUCCUCUGGGAAGUCUUCCAGGAUACCCUCCCACCAGAGGUUUUCUUCCCUUUUCACCUGCUCUUUCAGCUCUGGGCUUGUACAUUUUUCAAGUUUUAAAUGAGAUAAUAUGACCCGAAGGGCCUGUCCCAAGGAGGCACUUACACGCACUAUUUCUCCCCGUGAGUUCAUUGUUUACCUGCCUGAGAGGUCUUAGGAGGGCUGGUGCCUCACCUGAGUCACUCCAGUCAGCCCAGGGCUGGGCACCAAUGGGAAGGCCGUUGCUGAGUGAGCGUGGGAACCAACGCCCAGACUGGUGGGGCCGGGAAGGCCAUGUUCAGCAGUAACCCAAUGAGCUGCUUCCUACUCUCCCUCCUUGACUUCCCACCCAGCGCUCCAGCCAGGCUCACGAGGGACUGGGAUCCCUGGAAUUCCAUCCCCAGUUGGCCACUGUCUGGUGAAUCUAUGAUGAUCUCAAAAUCAAAAAGUACUUCAUACAGCUACACACCCACCAGAAGGACUUUUUAAAGCACUGGCAAUACCAACUCCUGGAGAGGAUGUGGAGAGACCGGAACUCCUCACGCAUCGCUAGUGUGAAUAUCAAAACGAGUCCCCCCAGGGCCUCCCAGGCUUCUGCAGAACUCUGGCCAGGUGGAAAGAAAGCCGGAGCAAUCGUCGGGAGAAUGGCAGCUCUCCGGAAGGAAUGCUUGCAACUGGCCUCACAGGAGAAGCCGCCUCCGAAGAUCCCAGAGCAGAAUCCCGACCACCUCCCGCCAUUGCUGAGUCUACUGGAGAAGAAGCAGGAGCUGGCGGAUGUGGACCGGGGCCUGCAGGCGCAGAAGGAGGUCUUCCAGACCACCAUGGCAGCCCUGAAAGAGCGCAGGGAACAGCUGGAACAGAAGCAGCAGAAGCUAAAGGGGUCCUUUCACCGCUUUGACAAGUUCUUGCAGGAUUCCGAGGCCCGGCGCAGCCGCACGCUGCAGAGGGCAGUGGAGGAACGACAGAGGGCCGGCCGCCAGGAGGCAGAGGCGCUGCGGCUUCGGGCCCAGAUGGAGGAGCUGCAGCGGGAGCGCGCGCGGCUGCAGCGUCGGCUGCUGCGGCUGGAGCCCUGCGCGCACCUGCUGGAGCAAGUGCUGGAUCAGUUGCCCGAGUUCCAGGAGGUCCCCGAGCUAGUGGCGCACUUCGAUGCCUUGGCCGACACGCUGGCCGAGCUGAAGCUCACGGAGCGCCAGCGGCUGGCGGAGCUGGAGGAGGCGCGUGCGCGGCUGCGGCGGCUGCGGGAUGCCGGGCAGGACGAGCUGCUCCAGCAGGGCCAGCUGCGAGCGCAGCUGCUGGAGCGCCUGGAUGCGGCGCGAGAGCGCACGCUGCACUGGGAAUCCAAGUGGGUUCAGAUCCAGGACACAGCAGCUGAGAAGACCCUGCUCCUGGGACGUACUAGGAUGGCGGUGCUCAACUUGUUCCAGUUAGCGUGCCAGCAUCAGAGGCAGCCACCUGCCCUGGACAUCGAGGACACCAAGGGGCAGCUGGAGCAGGUGAAGCUGUUCAUCCUGGACCUCUCUGCCAUGCUGGCCAGCCUUCCUGAGGCUGAGCCCACGGCUCCUGCCCCGUAGCCUGACUCAGGUGAGCAGUGGGGAGGGGAUCCCCCCCCAGGGACCCCUACACCUGGAGACAGGUGCAUAUUUGCUACGGGGGGCAGCUGACUGGUUCUCACCUGAAAAUGGGAGGGCCGUGCCCACUCAGGUUGUGGUGGAACAUGAGGGGCACACAGUAAGCAUUCAAAACACUGGGGCACCCACCCCGCGCCCACCACCUGUCCCAGGGCCAGGCCCCUCCUCCAGGGCGGCCGGGGGCAUUUGACAAGCAGGUAUUUGUUAGGUGCACUGGUACUCAGUGACCUUGGGCUCCAUGAUCCAGCAGCUGGAGCUGCCCUUGACUUUCCCAGGACCCCACAGGGGCUGAGGAGCACAGGCCUUGGAGCAGGUGGGAGGCAGGACGGGUUCUGAUGUCCAGGUGUGUGGCGGGGCGGUGUUAACCCCUUCAUACCCAGAGAGGAGCAGCCAUGCCCUCCUCUCUGGACCCUGAGAUUGUCUCCCACCCGCUGGCCACGCCGAGCUGCAAGGCUGGCCUGGCAAAAGGGGACUGACCACCAGCUUUGGGGUUCUCCCACCUCAGGCGACUGACUCAUCCUCUGAGCUUCAUUUUCCUCGUCUGCAAAAUGGGGCCCCACCAUCAGG